AUGUCAAAGCCCGAGCCCGUAGCAAUUUGCGGCAUUGGCUUGCGGUUACCAGGCGGCAUCAACACUCCGACGUCCCUCUACAAUUUUCUCAUCAAUCGCAAAGAUGCGCGUUCGAAACCAGAUCAUCCACGAUACAGCUCGCAAACCCACACGUUCAAAGCGAGCGGCAGGUCAGGAUCUUUGCCGACAGAGGAGGGAUACUGGCUGACGCACGACGAUGUGACCAAAUUUGAUCCGUCACUAUUUUCCAUGAAUCCAAAGGAGCUGCAAAAACUAGAUCCCCAGCAGCGUCUGCUCCUGCAAGUCGUGUGGGAGGCGUUGGAAAGUGCUGCAGAAACAGACUGGCAAGGUCAGAAAAUUGGAUGCUAUGUGGGCAGCUUUGGAGACGACUGGCGUGAGAUGCACGCUGUCGACGCCCAAGACGAUGGAAUGUACCGCUUAACUGGAUACAUGGACUUUGUGCAGGCAAAUCGCAUUUCUCACGCCUUUGACUUGAGAGGUCCAAGCAUGACAGUCCGCACGGCGUGCUCAGCUGCCGGCCUCGCAGUUCACCUCGCGUGCCAGGCAAUACGCGCCGGAGAAUGUGACUCGGCGAUUGUCGCUGGGGCGAACCUGAUGCUGUCACCAGGCUUCACCAAGCUCAUGGCCGAGCAAAGCGUACUAUCGCCUGAUGCGUCAUGUAAGACGUUUGACGCCGGGGCAAACGGCUACGCCCGGGCGGAAGCUGUCAACUGCCUCUUCAUCAAGAAGCUUGACUGUGCGAUUCGCGAUGGGAACCCAAUUCGUGCUAUAAUUCGCGGAUCAGCAACAAACUCGGAUGGCAGUACCCUCGGCUUGACGACGCCGAGUGCACAGGCACAGCAGCAGCUGAUUCGCGAUGCAUACCGGCACGCUGGUAUCCCCGAGAACGAGAUGUGGGAGACCGCCAUGGUUGAAUGCCACGGUACCGGCACGGCCGUGGGUGAUACCAUCGAAGCGUGCACUGUUGGCGCUGUAUUCGGGCAAAGGGGGAUGCUCAUUGGAUCGGUCAAGCCCAAUUUGGGCCAUGCUGAAGCAGCUUCAGCAAUCACAAGUAUAGUCAAGGCAGUUGUGUCUUUGGAAACAAAAACCAUCAUACCCAAUAUCAAGUUUGAGACCCCUAGUGUUAGCAUUCCUUUCGCAUCAACAGGCUUGAAAGUCCCGACAGAACCGCAACCUUGGCCUGAGGAGAGAGCAGAGCGAAUCGGUAUCAACAGCUUCGGGAUUGGAGGCACAAAUGUCCACAUUAUUUUGGAGUCGGCCGCAUCUGUAGCAAGCCCAACGACCAUUCGAAGCCACGGAAAUGUCGAGACACCGCCCCCAUCACCUCCUCCGCGGAGAAACCCAGCAACCCUGCUACUUUUCUCCGCAGGACAUGAAGAGUCACUCAAAAAAGCGACAAGCCAGUAUCAGGAGUUUCUUCGCGCCAGGACAGGAAACUUGGAAGAUCUUUCCUAUACGCUGACGCAUCGUCGCCCUCAUCUGGCGCACCGCACCUUUGCGGUAGUUACUGAAGACUGUGAUCAACUGGCCUUUACUCUACCUCCAGCACCUAGUUUCCGACCAAGCUCACAAGCCGAGGGCAUUGCAUUCGUUUUCACAGGUCAAGGAGCCCAAUGGGCUCGAAUGGGCUCGCAUCUGAUGAAGAGUAGUAGAGACUUCCUGCAAGAUGUCAGAGAAAUGGAUGCGGUCUUGAACAGUCUUCCACAGGAUCAUCGUCCCAGCUGGGAUAUCCGAAAUGAGCUCAUGAAAUCGGAUCCCACAUCUCGCCUUGGGGAAGCUGAGUUUGCUCAACCUAUCUGCACUGCCAUUCAGAUUGCUUUGACCAGACACCUUUCUAGAUACAGAAUCACUCCCAAGGCAGUGGUUGGCCAUUCCAGCGGCGAGAUAGCGGCCGCAUACGCGGCUGGUGUACUCACCAUGAAAGAAGCCAUCAUCGUCGCCUACUACCGCGGGUUUAUGGCCAAGAAGCUGAGAAGUCACGGUUCAAUGGCGGCCAUCGGACUGGGAAGGGAUCAAGUCACACCGUUCUUGAUGACUGGAGUUUCCAUCGCUUGUGAAAACAGCAACUCUAGCGUGACGUUAUCUGGAGACACGAAUGUCCUUGGAAUGGUUUGUGAAGCAAUCAGGUCUGCUCACCCACAGGCCUUGGUUCGUUUGCUCAAAGUUGACACAGCAUAUCAUUCCCAUCACAUGCGCGCAGUUGGUACUGAGUACCAAUCCCUCAUCAAGCCACAUCUCAGUCCCAAGUCACUAAAUGUUGCUUUUUACUCUAGCGUAUCAUCCCAAAGACUAAAACGCGGCUCAGACUUUGACGCCCAGUACUGGCAGCGAAACCUUGAGUCGCCAGUCCUGUUCCGACAGGCGGUGGUACAACUUCUCCAAACAUCAUCGACAACUUUGCACCUUGAAGUCGGGCCACACUCGGCGCUAGCUGGUCCCUUGAAGCAGAUCUAUACGGAGAUGGCCAUCUCUCCGCCUUAUAUAUCUGUCCAAAAGCGAGGAUCAAAUAGUUCAGCAGCCUUCCUUGCGGCCAUUGGCGAGCUGCACUGCCGAGGCGCUUUGGUCAAAUUCCCCAUCCCGGACGGCGUUCGGCCGCUGACAGACCUGCCACCGUAUCCGUGGCAUCUGAGCAAGACCUUUUGGCCAGAUUCGCAUGUCACAAAUUCCUGGCUGUUUCCUGAACACCCACCACACGAGCUACUCGGAUCACACGACGUCCCCUGGAUCGCGGACCACUGCGUCGGCUCAGAUAUCGUUUUCCCGGCCGCUGCUUACGUCGCUAUGGCUGGGGAAGUCGUCCAGCAGCUUUCCGGGCUAUCUUCCUACACGAUUCGUGACAUGCGAAUCACGAAUGCUCUGAUUCUUUCCAGGGAACAUAGAGCCGAGCUUGUGACAUCCGCUCGAAAGGAGGAGCUAACGCAGGAGGAGAAUUCUGAGUGGUGGGAGCUCACAAUCCAGAGCUGCGCUUCAUCCGGCACGUGGAUUACGCACUGCAGGUGUCGUGUCAGAGAGGGCCGCGUCUCUAAAGGACCAGAUUUUGCGGGUCUAGACUCUGAAUCUUUCCUUCGAUCUGUUGAGCCUGCACGAUGGUACAGAGCAAUGUCCAGGGUGGGUUACAAGUACGGUUCGGAGUUCCGAAGAUUAAAGAAAAUCCGCGCCAGCGUCACAUCAUCAGCUGUGGCAGUCGAAGUUUCUGACGAGAGAGUCACGCCUGAGCAUAAAAUGCGUCGCUACCCACUACACCCCAUUACGAUAGAUCAGAUGCUUCAGUCGCUCAUCAUAGCAAAUCACUCUGGAGAAUCUCGCUUGCUCGAAAGGCUCUAUCUGCCGACUCAUAUCGAGGAGCUGUUCAUCAGCUCUGAAGCUGCAACAAAAAGACUUUUGCUCCACAGCGUGAAGUCAGGAGGUGAAAGGGAUCAUCAAGGUGACUCCUCGGCAACGGUUUACGAUAGCUCUGGAGAUCGACAAGUUUUCUUCAUGAAGGGUCUUCAAUUCUCGCCGAUAGACCUCGAUGAUACUGCCGCGAGCGCAACCGACAGUUCGAAAAUUGCCGUCAUUGCUUGGGAGCCGGAUGUGGACAUGAUGGAUUCUACAGAAUUAGUGUCGUCUGCGUCUGGCCCUUGCUUUCCAGACAUACAUGAACUUCUCGAAGAACUUUUCAUACUUUGCGGCAGAGCAGCACUCGACGAAGUGGAAGCAACGGACCUUCCCAUCGAUGAGACUCAGAAGCAUCUGCAAAAGCAUUAUGGUUGGCUGCAAUCCCACAUCAGCAAGUUUGGUCCACAGGUGCUUCACACAGAUGCUAAAGAGAUCCAAGCGAAGAUCGAAGCUGUCGGCUCAAAGCUCGAGAAAACGUCGGCAUCCGCAGUAGCUGUUCUCAUCAAACGCUGCUACACUCACGCCAAACUGCUAUUUAGCGGCAUCAUCAGCCCCCUCGAGGUGUUUCUCAAGGAUAACACUCUCCAUGAACUGUAUGACUGGAUGAAUACCCUCUUCAACUACAAGCCUCUGUUUCAACUCUUGUCUCACAAACGAGGUCGCCACCUCAGGAUUCUCGAGAUCGGCGCCGGGACCGGUGGUCUGACUUUGCGUAUCCUGAAAGAUCUGACUGACUGUUUCGAAGAUGGCAAGGCUCUCGGGACAUACAUGUUCACUGAUGUUUCUGCUGGAUUCUUCCCGGCGGCGAAGGAACGCUUUCAAAGUGCUACGCCCGGCCUGAUAGACUAUCGUGUGUUGGAUAUUAGUCGUGACCCAGCGGAUCAGGGAUUUGGCGGUGAAGAGUUCGAUCUAAUCGUUGCGAGCAAUGUCCUCCACGCCACUCCAAACCUGACCGACACAUUGCGCCAUGUUAGAUCUUUGCUCAAGCCUGAUGGGAGACUUUUGAUGCACGAGCUCUGCUGCAACACGAAAUGGAUCAACUUCAUCAUGGGUUAUCUCUCAGGAUGGUGGCUCGGUGACUCUGACAACCGUCCGGUUGAGCCUUACAUCUCCCCAAAGCAAUGGAAGGAGCGUCUGUCAUUGGCUGGUUUCUCAACUCCCGAGGUUAUAUACGAUGCCGGGUCGCAACACAAGCUCAACGCAACCAUCAUUGCUCGGGCUACUACGCCCAAGAACUUGGCCAACCUCAACUCCCAGCCGAUAACUUUGUUGUGCGAAGAAGAGUCUCAUCUUGUGGUGGCCGAAUUUUUUCAAGUUUUGCAAGAUCUUGGUCACUCCGUCCUUAUUUCAACGCUAGGUUGCGGCAACUUGGAUGUCAGCGGCGUCGUGGUGUCGGUAGUUGACCUGUGUCGCGGCAACGGCUAUUUCCACGACAUGACGCAAAUUAAGCUGGACAACCUCAAGAGGCUGCUGAAAACACUUCAGGAGAGCAACUCAAGAUUGCUCUGGCUAACAAGGCCCUGCCAGGUUGGAUUGAUUGAUCCGACCUACGCCCCGGUGCUCGGCAUCGCGAGAACAGCACGACUUGAGAUGGGCGUACACUUUGCCACCAUGGAACUUGACAGUAUCAAUGGGGAUUCAAUUCAGGCAGUUUCUCAAGCUGUCAGCAAAAUCCUCUGUACCCACAUGGCUUUAAGCGCGAAAGUGGGUAAAGACAUGGAGUUCUCAUACUCCUCUGGCCGCACUCUGAUCCCGCGAUGCAAGUGGACGCCGAUUUCUAGCGCUCUCGCAGCUGGAAGUCGCGUCUCUUCCGGCAAGAUAUUGUCAAUAUCGAGACCCGGGGCCCUGAAAACUCUUCACUGGGAGUCUCGUCAUCUGCCCGAAGACAUACCAUCCGACCACGUCAAGAUCGAGGUCCGCGCAGCAGGCCUCAACUUCAAAGACGUUGUCACAGCAAUGGGUCUGAUCAAACCCUCAUCUCCAAACGGACUCGGGUGUGAAGCCAGCGGCAUUGUGACGUCCACCGGAGCUACUGUGACAAAUGUUCGUGUCGGUGACCGCGUCAUGGUCUUCGCACUGGAGUCGGCCUGUUUCUCUACAGACAUAGUAGCUCCGGCGCAGCUUUGCGUCCGCAUCCCAGAGACACUCACCUUUUCCGAGGCGGCAGGUAUGCCAUGCAUCUUCACUACAGUCCUUCGAGCCUUGGUCGAAAAAGCCGGCCUUCAGGCUGGUCAGACCAUGCUUAUCCAUAGCGCCGCCGGUGGUGUUGGAAUCGCAGCCCUGCAAGUAGCUCGGUGGAUCGGAGCGACGGUAUACACGACUGUCGGUAGCGAAGAAAAGGCAGAAUUCCUCAUUAAAGAAUGGAAUGUUCCCAGGGAGCGCAUCUUCUCUUCUCGCGAUGUCAGCUUCGUGGAAGGCGUCGAAAUGGCGACCGGUGGACUCGGCGUGGAUGUCGUCCUGAACUCUUUAUCCAGAGAGCUUCUUCAUGCAUCUUGGGAGUGUGUCGCUCCCCAUGGCACCUUUAUCGAGCUAGGCAAGAGAGAUACUCUUGCUGGUGGAAAACUUACCAUGGCACCGUUUGACGGAAAUCGCUCAUUCAUUGGCGUUGAGAUGGCAAACCUGGCGGCUGAGAACCCAACCAUCAUCUCUCGCUUGCUGCAGCAGUGCGUUGACCUGUACGAGAAAGGUCUCAUUCAGCCGGUGGAGCCUGCAAAGACUUUUGCAUGCCCUGCAAUUGAAGAUGCUUUCAGGUAUCUGUUGAAAGGCACUCACAUUGGCAAGGUGGUCAUUCAAAUGGCCGAGCGGAACGAAGAGGCAUUGUGCGUUACUCCAACGCCUCCGAUUCCCAAAUUCCACGAUCAAGCAACUUAUGUCCUCGUUGGUGGAAUGGGAGGCCUCGGAAGUACGAUCGCACGAUGGAUGGUAUCCCACGGCGCCAAAAGUCUCCUCUUCAUCUCUAGGACUGCUGGACGCAGCAAGGACGAUCAAGGCUUUCUGUCAGAACUUCGUUACGCAGGAUGUGAAGCUGAUGCUGUACAAUGCGACAUUGCGAAUGAGGCUGCGCUGCAGGCGGUGAUCACAAGAUUGGGUUCAUCAAAGCGGAUCGCCGGCGUGCUAAACCUAGCAAUGGUGCUUGCUGAUGGCGCGAUCCCAGACCUCACCCUGUCGCAGUGGCAAUCAGCGACAUGGCCCAAGAUACGCGGGACGUGGAACCUUCACCACGCUCUGCCCCGUGACAUUGACUUUUUUGUGCUUUUCGGCAGCACAUCAGGUGUGCACGGAUUCCCAGGCCAAGUAAACUACGCCGCCGCAAAUACCUUUCUCGAUGCUUUUACACAAUACCGCCGUGGAUUGGGUCUUCCCUGCUCGGUAAUUGACCUCGGAGGUGUCGAGGACGUGGGUUACGUGAGCCGCACACAAGACGUAGAGGACGCCAUGAGAAAAUCUGGAUCCAAGUUGGUUUCUGAGGCCGACCUGUUGCGAGGUGUUCAACUUGCCAUCGCUCAGUGUCAACCCACUACGGUGGAUUCAGAGAGUAGAGCUUGCGGGACAGCAUCCAAUGGCCAGAUCAUACUUGGGAUUGACUGCGCCACAUCCAUUGAUGAUGCUGGAAAUCGGGUAGUAUGGAAGCACGAUCCUCGUAUGAACCUCUAUCCAGACAUCGCAGGGGAUGAGAAAGCCUCGCGGAGGGAGGCCGGAGCAUCUUGCAUAGCUGAGUUUCUCUCUAGUCUGCACUCGAGACCAGAAGAGAUUGAUGCACCGUCAUCUACAACUUUCCUCGCGCAGGAGAUCGCGCGCAGGGUCUUUGGCUUUCUCAUGCUUGAGGUGGAAGAGGGCGGGAUUGAUACUGCUAUCUCACCUUCAGCGCUUGGAGUUGACUCUCUCAUGACCAUUGAGAUUCGCAAUUGGUGGAAACACACCCUGGGUAUAGAUAUUAGCGUGUUGCAGUUGACAAGCGCGCAGAGCUUUGAUCAGCUAGGGCAACUUGCCGGGAAGCAGCUGAAAGAGAAGAUUGCGACAGCUUCAAAAAGUUGA